AUGCGAGAUUUCCACGGAAAAUACGGUGAAGUCGUUCGCUUUGGCCCAAACGAAGUCUCUUUCAUCACUGCUCGGGCAUGGAAAAACAUAUAUGGUCAUAGCCAUCAACAACUACCAAAAGUCUUGCAUUCGACGAGUAACCCGUCUGACAUUGUUAGCGCCAACAAUGCAGAUCAUAGUCGUCUUCGCAGGUCCUUGGCACAUGCCUUUUCUGCGAAAGGCCUGCAAUCCCAGGAACCCAUAAUUACCAAGUAUGUGGAUCUCUUGAUAGCAAAACUGAAAGUCCUUGCCGCCUCAUCCGUCCAGGAAGUCGACAUGGUAAAAUGGUACAACCUGACUACAUUUGACAUACUUGGAGAUCUCGCUUUCGGUGAGCCAUUUGGAGGACUAGAAUCAUCUGAGUAUCAUGACUGGGUUUCGACCAUUUUUCAGGCUAUCCGCGGCAUGUCCCUUGUGCAAUUCAAAGAUGCCUAUCCGCUUCCGUUCGGGAUAUUGUCCCUUUUCAGCUCAAACCGCCUGAUGAAUGCACGGCAAAGACAAAUCGAAUUUAGCAGAUCCACUGUGCAGAAACGUCUCCAGAUUUCAAGUCCCAGAGAAUUCACAGACUUCAUUGGCAGCAUGUUGCGGCAACGCGGAGAACCAAGCAAAGAGAUCACCAACAAGGAGUUAGAAGCUAACUCUAACGUUUUGGUUAUUGCUGGUAGUGAGACGACGGCUACUUUACUUUCUGGGGUCACUUACUGGCUGCUGCAAACGCCGCACGCCAUGGAAAGAGUCACUCGGGAAGUAAGAUCUGCGAUACAAACUGAGCAUGAUAUCACCAUCUCAAGCACCGCAAAUUUGACAUACAUGCUCGCGUGUCUCAAGGAGGCAUUCCGAAUGUAUCCGCCGGCUCCCUCUGGACAGCAGCGGAUGACGCUUGGACCUGAAUCAACUCGAAUUUCGGGCUACUUCAUGCCCCCAAAUACAAAAGUCUCGGUCCAUCAAUAUGCCGCAUACCGGUCAGCCUUGAACUUUUAUGCCCCAGAUCAGUUCAUACCCGAGCGUUGGCUAGAGAAUGCCAGAGACAAUCGAUCCUCGCCUUUCUAUAACGAUAAUCGGGACGUCCUACAACCAUUCUCAGUGGGACCAAGGAACUGCAUUGGGAGAGAACUGGCAUAUAGCGAGUUACGAGUGAUUCUUGCACGGGUGCUUUGGAGUUUUGACUUGGAACUUCAUGAGAAGAGCGGGAAAUGGCACCAGCAGCGUUCUUACUUAUUAUGGGAGAAGCCUCCGUUGAUAUGUAAGCUAAAGAUGAGCGAGAAAGAAAUAUGGCGAACAGCUCAUGAGAAGUAG